GUGAUAAUUAUGCUAUAGGUGAUACAGAAUCAGAAGACUUCAGACCUGAAGGUGAGCAUAACUCAGACCUGAAAUCAAAGUUUACAGAAAAUGAUGAAAUAUUUGAUAUUAUCAAUAUAUAUAACUACUAG